UAGUUAUCGAAACAAUAAUUAACUGAAUUACGGAAUAUAUUUCGAUUAAGAUAGGAUAUGUAUUAAGAUGCCGGCAAGUGCUACUAUCAAUUUUAAUGCUGCUGCUACCGCAGACACCAUCGCCGCCUCCAUCACCCCCGUCACCUCCGCUACUGCCACCAACACGGCAACAACAACAGACGCUGGAACGCCUGCGACUACUGCGAAUGCCAAUAAACAUAAAAGUGCUAAUUGGCACAACCGACCGCAGUCGACUGCGUUGGCGUCAGGUUUCAUAAUAUUCCUAUCGGCUGGUCUCAAUAUGGCGCAAAAUUUAGGUUGGAAUCAAUUUGCUCUAGUCUCGAUUCACAUUUACUUGAGUUGGUUCAUUGGUGCUGUGAUCGGUUGCUUGCUCUCCAUACCUCUGGUAAUAUUGAUAACGAAGAAAUACAUUAUGGCGUCUUGUUCAUUUUUUGUGUUAAUCGACGGCAUAAUAUUUAUUUGUGCUCCUGCAUCCGAAUACGCUCUGAUAGCAGCUCGUUACUUAAAUGGUAUAGCUGUUGGCGUAACUACUAUAACGUUUCUAAUACAUGGAAGUGAAGUGACUGCAAAAUCAUAUCGUGGCUAUUGCUUAGCUAUGGAACAAUAUUCGAUAAGCCUUGGCAUAUUCAUUCAAGUUAUACAUACAUCGUUAUGGGCUGAAGUUUUUUAUAUACAUGGUGUAUUUGAUUUAUUAUUGGGAUGUUUGGGUUUUGCAAGCGCUUUUAUAUUUACCAUCGAAUCGCCCAUACAUUGUUUGCGUCGAGGAAAUGAAACGAUGGCUUUAGACUGCUUGGCACGCCUAGAACGUCCUAAGGGUGUAAAAUCCACCACUUACGCUUCACUCGAAGAGCACAAAUCCUAUAUCAGGGAAAAUAAUAAAUAUGAUAUGAUCGAAAGUCUGAAAUUGGGCUUAGUGCCACUAGUAAAAUUAAUGCUAUAUCGCAGUUUAAUGUUGACAUUUGGUUUUUCUCUCCCUUUAACUGUAGCCGUACAGGUUGGUACUCUUUUAAGUUUAGGUCUAGAAACUUGGCCCUAUAUAGUUUAUGCAACGUUACGCCUCCUUGGUUCACUUAUAACCAUCUUCACUGUCGACACUUUGGGCCGUAAAUUCAUAUCCUUAUUAAAUUUAAUAAUCAUUGGAGCUCUACUUAUACCUAUUGGGAUAUUUUUUAGUAACCAGUAUAACUUUUUAGAUAAACAAAAAAUGGCAACUGUUUGUACGCUAUCGCUAUUAAUUCAACUUUUCGCUGGUAUGUAUGCCCCCCACACAUCAGUCUAUGUGGGUGAAGCGUUUCCCUUAAAAGUAAAGCCCUAUUUACUGUCAUUAUGUAUAGCAGUUGAACAUAUAGUUCAUAUCAUUACUAUAUGUGUCCUAUUAUCAACAUCUUCGAGAAAUUAUCUAUAUCAAUACUUUUUAGCGACCGGGUUAGUUAUUAUUUUCACAUUUUUACUAUUUUGCGCUGUUAUACCGGAGACAAGAAAAACCUCACUAAGCGAAGCUCAAAGCCGCUUUCAAAAACUAUUGUACUUAAAGCUUUAUUAAAAUAAAUUAAAAAAAAAAAAAGUUAUUAUUGAAAACAUUAUUUGUGCGAUGUUUUCGUAUGUCAAUUAAAAUAAUUAAAAGUUGUUAAUAAAAAGGCAAAAAAAACAAAUCAAUAGAAGGAAAGGUUAACAAUGUUAAAGUCAAUCAAAAAAGUUCACUUUUCAGAGUUGGCAAAACAAAUAGUAACUAAAGUUUAAAUUAACUUAAACGAACACUUUGAUCUUUUGAGAAAACACAAAAAAAAAAAGACGAAAUAAAAAGUACUAAUGGCGGCUGCACGCCCAAUUAUCAUCAUGUUUGAAUCAAUUUAUAAAAGAAGAUCGAACAUCAACACAAUCGAGUUUCGCAAAGUUGAAAACAUUGUUAUCGAACCACAGUGAAAAGGCUUUAACAUAUCGCAGAUAAAAAUAAGGUAAGAAAAUUGUUUUCAACUUGCCAUAAAUCUUAGGCACUCGAUAGUUAAGAACGCAAUGGGAGAGAUUUUACGUAUAACCCCCUCAAAAAUUUAUGUGUGCAAUGCAUUAUUUUAAGUAUUAACUCAAGCAGCAAAUUUUUGUUAACAUUCUUUUUUUAAUUUUUUUUUUCUAUUUGCGUGUGUAUUAGAAUUAUAAAAAUUCCCCAUCCCUAAUUUAUCUUUCUUUCACCUUACCUGAAUGAUAUGGUAUCGUGUUACCGUUAUGAAUAAGGACUUGUUGCAGUCUGCGUCGCACGGAACUCAUUACGUUCCUUAAAGUGGUCAUGUCAAUCUUCUCCCAUUCCGACAAUAUCUCAAGUUUGAGUUUCUUAAGCGUGGAACACUGCUGCAAAAUAUUCCCCAGAGUUACUUAAUCGGGAAAGCGGGGCUUUUGGAUGACCAUCUCAAUAAAGGUAUAUUGUGUGAUUGAAAAUUCCUUGUAAGCAAUUUAGCAACUCUGCGCGUGCGCAGAAUUAUAAUGAUCUUUUUGUCGUGGUAUUCACUUUGGUUUUUGCGAUUAGCACUUGGUCCUCUCCGUAAUAAGUCUCUUUCUCUUAUUGCGUCUUUAGUAGUGCGAAGUUUACGGGUAAUUUGAGAGAAUAUUUUUGUGUGUGAGACAAACUUUUUUGUUUUCUAUUCACAAUCUAUUUCUCUUCUCUCUUCAAUCUCUUGUCUAUUACUUUUUGAGCUAUGCUGAAAUGGCAAAUGUAACUCCUCCAGUGUUACCAUUCAGGCUAGUCUGUGUACAAUCCCAAAAAAUAUUAAAUCCGCCUCUCGCGCUAACUG